CGGUUCAUUAUGUAUGCAUAUUUCCAGCUGACGGUCAAGCAUUCAGGUGGCGUACAAGGCAAUGUAUGUGUUUACAAGUUGUUAAAAGAAAAUUUUCGUAAAAUAUGCCCGAUUCCUGCUCAGUUUAUGGUUGUUCAAACCGAUCUAAUAAGCAGAAAGAAAAGAGGUUUUUUAGAAUACCUAAAGAAGUGGUUCACAAGGGAGAACGGACAAGAGAUUUAUCAAAAAGACGUCGCUCCCGAUGGCUCGCUAACCUAUCUUUAUCUUCGAAAGGAGUUGAAUCUCCACACGCUCGUGUAUGCAGCGAUCACUUCGUAAAAGGUUGUCCGAGCAAUAUAAAAGACGAAGACGACAUAGAUUGGGCCCCUACGUUGAAGCUUGGCCAUCAGAAGAUAAAACAAGCCACAGAGAGCUCUAUAAAGCGCGGUGAGAGAUCAACAAACAGAGAUCUGAAACGACGCCAUUCCGAAGCUGCUAGUGCCUUGCUUGACUUGCAGAAGCAAGCUCGACUGACUGAAGAAAUCUCUUAUGAACAAACCACAGAUGAUCCGGACUUAUCAGCCCAAGACACACAGACAGAAACGACAGAAAGCCCGAAUCGUCGCGAUGCAGAAUGCCAGACGGAUUUCACCAGCGAUCUUUAGUCUGCAAUGGAAGAGGAGUUAAACUUAACACGCCAAAAGCUCUCCGACUUGCAGGCAAAAAUAUUAAAUGCAAAUCUAAGUAAAGAAAGCUUUGAGAACAAUGAUGAAAAGUGUAAAUUUUACACUGGCCUACCAAAGUUCCUAGUACUGUUGCAGUUGUUUCGUUUGUGUGAAYCCUGGAUCACACAAACUGAAAGAUCAGCAUUAGGAAAGUUUGAGCAACUUAUACUUGUUCUCAUGAGACUCAAACUGAAUCUACCUUUGCAGGACCUGGCCUACAGAUUUGGAAUUUCUAGUUCAACAGCCUCUAGACUUUUCAAUAAAGUACUGAGCAUUUUACAUAGCAGAUUACAGUUCCUGAUUGAAUGGCCAUCGAGAGAGACUUUGUGGGCCACAAUGCCAAUGGAUUUUAGAAAGUCAUUUGGUAGCAGAGUUGCAGUUAUUGUUGACUGCUUUGAAGUUUUUAUAGAAA